AUGUCUUUCACUGUCCCCAGCACUCACCACUAUCGACUGGCAGGAUUUGGCAGCCUGUGCCCCCAUCCUUCCCAACACCCCAGCCAGCCCUGUGACCCUGCAGCAGGUAACUCCCCUAGACUUCAGUCUGGCUUGACUGCUCCCAUCACAGGGCACCUCCUCAAGCUGAUGGGUACUAGCAGCUCUCUGAGGCUUCCCAUCUCUGAAAUGGGUCCUUGCUUCCAGGAUGGAACAGAGUUUCAUUUCCAGGAGUUCAGAGAUGUUGUUGAUGAUUUUAUAUCUGAUGGACUGCCUCCAACACCACAGGACUGCACUGAGUUUGAUUUUUCGCUUAGUGAGGAAGUGGCCUUUGGCCCCUGCACACCGCAGCUGGAGAGCAGCAUGCUGGUACAGAUGCCCCUUCAGCACCUGCCUUCCCCUGAGUCAUGCUGGAGGGACCUGGCAGGCCAGCACCAGAAAGCACUGGGAGAUGCCCUGGUGGCUAACAGCCAGCUGCAGGAGACCCUCAUACAGAGGCAAGAAGAGCUAGUGACCCUGCGGGAGAGCAACAUGCAGCUGAAGGAGCUGGCGAGCCAGGCCAGGCAGCUGGCUGCUGUCCUUGAUACACUGAUGCUGUCGCAGUGCGCCGACGGGGCUGUCCUACCUCCUCCACCUCUUCAUUCUCCAUCUCCUCCUCCCGCCGCCGCUCCGGCCGGGACCUGGGGCGGGCACGAGCGACAGGAGCCGCAGGAAGAGACGGCGGGCGUGGACACGAUGCUGCGGGAAGUCUCGGAGAAGUGCCGCGCUGCUCUGCGAAGCCUGGGGGCCAGCCCCGGGGCCGGCCUUGGAGGGAGCCCGGGGGGAAGCCCCACGGCCAAGCGCCCGCGGAUGGCCCCGAGCCUGCACGGCGCCUUCCGCGGGCUGCGUACAGUCCGCGCCGCUCCGCGCCCCGGCGGUGAGGAGUUGGAGGGGCCCGGCAGCCUGCGGGCUGCGCUGGGGGAGGCGGGUAGCAUCCGCACUCUGGCCUUCCCGCAAGGCAGCGCCUUCACAGUCCGCACGGCCGCCGGUGGGUAUCGCUUCCGCUGGGUGCCAAGCUGA